AUGAAAAUUACUCGCAAAGAUGGUGAUGAGGGGAGGAUAAAAAAAGAAAAUGUAAAGAAUGAAAAAUUACGUAAUGAGCUUUGUGAGAAAGAAAAAAGAUUUGUGAAAAAAAAGGCAAACAUCAAUUGUUGUAAACCUUUCAAUGUGAAUGGAUUUGAAGUUGAAAAUAUGAUUGAAACGACAUCGGAUAAAAACGAAAAUUUAGUGAAAAAAGAAAACUUUAACUUCCGUCAAAUGGAGGAUGCUAAGAUUAAACUUGAUCGAGAAUUUCCUGAAGCUUCCGGCUAUUUAAGGAAUAAACCUGGAAAUUUGUUCAAAUUCAAAGUCAGAAUGAAUAAAUUGAAACUUCUGUCGCUGACCUACACUCGUGAUAUAAAUGAAUCAGAGUGCAUGGAAUAUUCAUGUUGCUUUAAUCUAAAGACCGGAUGUUAUCACUUUUUACCAUCAAAGUAUCAAUAUAUUGUUCAAAGCGCAAGUGAAACGUCAGAGGAAUUUUUUCUACCAACGAAAAUAGUUUCGCCAUUGAAGACAAAAGCUUUUAAACGAAUGAAAUUGGAUAUUCAAGAAAUGAGCGAUGAUUCUUUAUCUGUUUUGCUAUGGAAUCCGGAUAUUGUUUCCAGAGAAAGAGAAUUUAAGGAGCUUCCGUCAGAAGCUGAAUACAUGUUCAAAGUGUUUUCACCUGAAAUGUUCGUUGAAGUUAAGCGGAAACUUGAUAAUAAAACAAUAUUCAGUACCGCCCGUGGAGCAUUGAUAGCAAGCGAAAACUAUUUCGAAUGGAGUUUUUUUCUAAACAGCAUGGAACUGAUGGGAUUCGAUGAAUUGCAUUUGAAAGAAGGUCACAAGCUUCUAAUCAACAACGAAUUCUCGUCAGUUGUUCCAUAUGUUAUUGCAUUCGAUCGUGAACACAAACAUUAUCAUGCAGUGAAAUUUGAAUCGAUUGAUGGCCCAGCAGAACUGCAAAUACUUCACUCAAAUGUUAUCAUCAUUCGUCAGUACCACAGCUCAUCAUUUCGCAUCCGAAUCUUUAUAGGGCCCGAAUAUAAUGACGUAAAAAAGCAGAUAAUGAAACAUUUACCGCAUUAUCUCCCAAAGGAUUCAUGGUCGUAUGGCGUUCAUUUUUGUCAAUCUACGACAAUUUUUAAUGAGACUGAAACAAUUCUUGAUAUGAAUCACUUGUUGGAUGAUGCAAACAUAAAAUCGAUUCCUUUUGAUUCUCAUUGCAUUCAUGAUAAGUUAACUGCACUCGUUAUCUCCCGUAAUGACACAGAGACUGUCUUUGAUAGCUAUAAUGAAGUUGUCGAAAAGCUUCAAGAGAACAACAAAACACUUCUUUUACAUGUGAGCUUUAAUUUGAUAGCUGAAAAUACAAGCGAUGUUUAUCAUCAGGCAAUCGAGUCUGAACUUUUUCUUAAAGAUGAUGAGGGUGUUAACUUUGCCGGUUUGUAUGGAAAGAAUCAAAAAGUUUUCUACCUUGAUUACUUCAUGAAAUCAAGAGAAAUAACUGACAUUCUUCUUACUCCACGAUGGCUUGAACUUCAAGAGUUUCUCAAUCUCACUCAAGGCAUCUUCUUACAUAAGAGUUUUCCAUUCGACGGAACCGCAAACAAAUCGUUAGAUUACCUGAACGAUUUCAACUUUAAACCGAGUAACAUUGAGAAUUACGUGAGAAAUUUAAUACCGCUCAACUUACGAUUGAAUGAAGAUGAAAUGCUGAUCCAUCAAUUAAACAACUACGGACGAAAGCAGGUUGAAAUUUUCGAAACUCUAAACCACGAAAAUAAGUUUUGUGUAACAGAUUCCUAUCGAGACGAUACUCAAUGUGCAAUGUUGUUUCGUGAGUUCAAGCCAAGUUGGAUAAGUUUUCAGGGAAUUGUUCAGAAAUCAGUUUUCUAUUCUUUAAUUGGAAUGUCGUUCUAUGGUGCGGAAGUCUGUGGUAGCAAUCAUGGAAACAUUCAAGAGGAUUUAUGUAUUCGAUGGUAUCAAUUUGCUAUUUUCACUCCCCUUUUCUAUGUGAAAAGUGACAAAUUGCCUCUGAAAUUUACAAAAUAUGCUGAACGAAUUAUGACGCAAGCGAUCGGACCUCGCUAUUCAUUGUUGAGUUACAUUAGAAUGCAUUUAAUGGAACGACAACCAUUGUUGAAGCCACUGAGGUUUGAAUAUUUAGAUCUGAGUGAACAUAUUGAAGAAUCUACCAAGCAUCAGUUCAUGUUCGGUACAUCGCUAAUGAUUGCACCAGUAACUGAACCUUUGGUCGUUGAACUCGAACUUUUCUUUCCCGAGCAAUACUUUGAAUUCUGGUCGGGAGCUGCGAUGCCUCGAAACACAAGCCACUUCUCACUUGUCAUGCACGACAUUCCAAUAUUUGUUCGAGCGGGUCAUAUUGUCGCACUUAAUCUUGCUUAUGAAUCAUUGUCAGCAAACGAAGCGAGCUUAAAACCGUUCUUUCUCGUCGUUGCCCUUUCUUGCACAGAGAGAUUUACAUGCCACUCGGAAGGAAAACUUGUCGUAGUAAAAAAUAUCUUAGAAUUUCGUUUCGAGGCGUCUGAGAAUCAUCUCAACAUAACAAUAAUUACGGAAAAUCCUAGUAAAAGCAAAAACACAAUUUGCGAUCCGGAACGACUCGUUUCAAAUGAAUUUCUUCUAGCUAAAAUUUAUGGAUUGGAUGAGUUUAAACCGAAAUACCUUAAUGAUUAUUUAUCACUAGAUUUAAAUGUUUGCGACGAUGCAGACUGGAAUAAAACUUUUAGUUUUUUAAUUUAA